CUUGACCAAAUGUAUGAAUCAAGAAAUCCAACGAGACCUUCAUUUAUGACAAAAACCCGGGUUUAUAUAUCAAUAGGAAUUAUUUAAAGAACAAAAGAUUACCCCUUCUGACGCCUAAAGAAAAAUGGAUGUAUCUUCAUCCUCGCUCCAGUACGGAUCAAAAAAGCGAGUUAAGAUUCACCCAAACACAGUGACAGUGAAAUAUGCCACUCACUUUCCCCAGCCUGGUGAUGAAGGGUAUGAUGAUGCACCCUCUUUUGAGGACUUUGGCACCUUUGCAGAAGCUAAUGUGGGGAAUAGACUGGUUACAAACAGUAAAGGUGGCAGGACUUUCUUUGGAACCAUGGACACCCAGUCUAAGCAGCCAAGUGUGCAAAGAGAAAAAGGGGUCGGCGGCCAGCUGGCUAGCUUCGGUGAGGCGAAUGUGUUGGCCUCCAGGGUGACCUGGAUGGCCUUGUUUGGGGCCGCGGUGGCUCAUGGUUGUGUGGCACUGAUUACUCGUUUAGCAGCCGACCGCUCUAAAGUGCCCUCCCUCGAGCUGCUCUUCAUCCGCUCUGUAAUCCAAGUGCUGUCCAUCCUGGUAGUCUUCUACCACCACGAGGCCCCCUUUGGCCCUAAGGGCUACCGCUUGCGUCUCUUCUUCUAUGGCGUCUGCAACGUAAUCUCUAUCACAUGCGCCUACACCUCUUUUGCCAUAGUACCCCCAAGUAAUGGCACGAUCAUGUGGCGUGCCUCUACCACAGUCUUCAGUGCAAUAUUGGCCUUCUUGCUCCUGGAUGAAAGGCUGGGCUACACAGAUGUGGUCACAGUGGUGGGAAGUGUGUUUGGUCUGUGCCUGGUCAUGGUGCCAAACGUAGCAGACGAGGAGAAGUCCAGGCUGGGCUUUUGGAAGGAGGCCUUUGGCUACACAAUGACAGUGAUGGCCGGUUUGACAGCUGCCCUCUCCAUGAUCGUCUACAGAGCCAUUAAGGAGCGUGUCAGCAUGUGGACGGCACUCUUUACCUUCGGCUGGACGGGUACAGUGUGGGGGGCCUCCACCAUGUUUAUCAUGCAGGAGCCCAUCAUUCCUCUAGAUGGGGAGACCUGGGGCUAUUUAAUUGGGAUCUGUAUCUGCUCCACCGUGGCAUUCCUCGGAGUAUACUAUGCCCUAAAUAAGUUUCAUCCUGCCUUAGUUAGCACUGUGCAACACCUAGAGAUCGUGGUGGCCAUGUUCCUCCAGCUCAUUGUUCUGAGGAUGAUCCCAUCUGUUUACGAUGUCGUCGGAGGCCUGGUGAUCAUGAUCAGUGUUUUCACCCUAACAGGAGUCAAGCUGUACAGGGUGAGCAAGGCCAUUCGGCAGGAUUAUCAAGAGAUUCUAGACUCACCCAUCAAAUGAGUUUAGAAAUGUCAGUCUAUUUGUUUACAAUAUUGCUUGGUUGUGCAAUUUAAAGAAUGUUUGGAUCUUCAUCUGAUGAUUUUGUAUUGUUGUGUUGUUGGAAGAGUGCCAGUUGUGUAACUAAUGUCUUAAUAUUUGUGUGUGAAAUAAAAGCCAGAUAUAAUAUGGUGAACAUUUCCCCAUGAUAAUACUACUUUAAUGUCCAUUUGUGUCCAAGACUGAAAUGUCAGCAAAAAAAUAAGAAUCAGUUUUAAUUUUUGUGGUUUCAUUUGCUCCAACAUUUAAAAUCAUGUUGAAUCAGGUCUUGUGAGUGGCAGUGUAAGAUAAUUUUAAUGAUAUGCACCUUUUAUAAUCAUAACGAGGUGUGUCGUAUCCCUCUGU